GCAGCGGGGAGCGUUGGGAGCCGGCAGCACCAUGGAGAGCUGCCGGGCGCUGGCGCUCUGCGCCGUGGCGGCCGCGCUGCUGCUCAGCGCCCGCGGGCAGGGACCGGCACCGCCCCGCAGGGACCGCGACCUCGGGCCGAACGGAGCCGGAACGUCCCGGGAGAAGGAGCUGAUCGAGGCGCUGCAGGAGGUGCUGGAGAAGCUGAAGAGCAAGAGGGUGCCGCACUACGAGAAGAAGUUCGGGCAGGUGCCGAUGUGCGACGCCGGGGAGCAGUGCGCCGUGAGGAAGGGGGCCCGCAUCGGGAAGCUCUGCGACUGCCCGCGGGGCACCUCGUGCAACUCCUUCCUGCUCAAGUGCCUGUGAGCGGCGGCACCGGCACGGGGCAGCGUCCGCCCGACACCGCCCAGACAUCCGACACCCGUGGAGCCGUUCUCCCUCCUGCCCUCUCCCCGGCCCUCCUCUCCCCGUUUGGUUUUCGUCCGUUCAGGAAAAGCCCGGCUCGUUCCUCCCCGGGACGUCCGCAGGCCGCGGGGCUCAGGGUUCCCCGGUGGCUGCGGGGCGGUAGGAGCAGGGCUGAGCCCGACGGGCCCCGAUCGCCUCCUGCUCGGACCCCCGACGCCGGGACGGGGGGCAGCAGCGGCGCCGAGCAACGGGGAAGACCCGCGGCUGAUGGCGGCAGGGGGGCGGCAGGGGGAACCGUCGGGGGAACCGUCUCUUUAUCGGAGCCACCGUGAAGAGGGAGCUAUCUGGAUCCGUCGCAAACUACCAGGGGAUAUCCCAGCCGCCUCAACCAAAUUUCUCACGUUUCUACGAUGAACUGAUGUACAUAAAUAUGUCUGUCCUACGCUGGUACACUGUGCGUUUCGAGGAACUCAUAACGUGGUUUAAUCCUGUGUUCGUCUCUGUUAAUAAAGUCACCGUUCUGAUGAUA